AAAGACGGACGCUUACGAGCCCCUUCUGGAGUAACCGGGAGCAACAACGGAAGCAUCUAGAACUCCUCAACUCACCGUUGAUCUUCAAUCCGACGGAUCAGAUUCGAUACCGGUGCGAUAGGGCUUCUGGUUCUAGAGGCUUCUUUUGGGCCGCCCCAUCCGCCUUAUAGCCCUCGCCUCUCCUUCCUUGCCUCGAGCCAUCCAUCGACAAGGGUUCUCGGAGUCGAGGUCGGCAGCGUUGCGGUGGUCUUGAAUCGGGAGUAGGCAAGACCUGAGGGCCCGAUUUCUCAUUCAGUUUGGGGAAGAUCGAUUAGGGUUCGGUCGGCAAGAUGUUCGGGAGGGCGCCGAAGAAGAGCGACAACACCAAGUACUACGAGAUCCUCGGGGUACCGAAGAACGCGUCGCAGGAGGACCUCAAGAAGGCCUACCGUAAGGCCGCCAUCAAGAACCACCCCGAUAAGGGUGGCGAUCCAGAGAAGUUCAAGGAGUUGGCCCAAGCUUAUGAGGUUCUGAGCGAUCCUGAGAAACGUGAGAUUUAUGAUCAGUAUGGUGAAGAUGCCCUCAAGGAGGGAAUGGGUGGUGGAGGUGGCCACAACCCAUUCGAUAUCUUCGAGUCGUUCUUCGGUGGAAAUCCCUUCGGAGGAGGCGGAAGCAGUCGCGGACGAAGGCAGAGGAGGGGGGAGGAUGUGAUCCAUCCUCUGAAGGUGUCUUUGGAGGACCUCUACAACGGGACCUCGAAGAAACUAUCCCUUUCGCGGAAUGUCAUCUGCCAAAAGUGCAAGGGGAAGGGUUCGAAGUCUGGUGCUUCAAUGAAGUGCUCCGGCUGUCAAGGCUCGGGUAUGAAGGUCACAAUUCGUCAGUUAGGGCCUGGGAUGAUCCAACAAAUGCAGCACCCUUGCAACGAGUGCAAGGGGACUGGGGAGACCAUCAAUGAUAAGGAUCGCUGCCCACAAUGUAAAGGUGAGAAGGUUGUUCCCGAGAAGAAAGUGCUGGAGGUUAUAGUGGAGAAAGGAAUGCAGAAUGGCCAGAAGAUUACCUUCCCCGGAGAGGCAGAUGAAGCACCUGAGACAGUUACUGGAGACAUUGUGUUUGUACUUCAACAGAAGGAUCACCCAAAGUUCAAGAGAAAGGGAGAUGAUCUCUUCUACGAGCACGCAUUAUCGCUCACUGAAGCUCUCUGUGGCUUCCGAUUCGUGUUGACCCAUUUGGAUAACAGACAGCUACUGAUUAAGUCCAACCCCGGUGAAGUUGUGAAGCCCGAUCAAUUCAAGGCAAUCAAUGACGAGGGCAUGCCGAUGUACCAGAGGCCCUUCAUGAGGGGGAAGCUCUACAUCCACUUCACCGUGGACUUCCCAGAUUCAAUGACACCAGAACAGUGCAAAGCUCUCGAGUCUGUUCUUCCCCCAAAGCCUGCAUCGCAGAUGACCGACAUGGAGCUGGAUGAGUGCGAGGAGACGACAUUGCAUGAUGUUAACAUCGAGGAAGAGAUGCGCAGGAAGCAGGCUCAGGCACAGGAGGCUUACGAGGAGGAUGACGAUAUGCAUGGUGGUGCCCAGAGAGUGCAAUGUGCUCAGCAGUGAACAAAAAUCUUUUUGGAAUCAGCUGAGUUCGUGAUGAACUCCGUACUCUUUCAGUUGUCUGCGUACUGAUUACUGUGUCGAUCAUUGUCGUUGUGGUAACCUUGUGGCUGAACACUAUACCUAGUUCAUGUUGUCUUGUUCACGUUUAAACCGAUCUCCUCGAUCUUUUCUGGAAACAUUCUCUUAUUCCAUGAGCAUAUGUGAGGUGCAAUCGAGGCAGAAGAACAUUACUACCAUCGUUAUUUGUUUGACUGAUAUUUUAGAAUUUAAAUGGACAAGUUAUGUGAUGCCUGUUUGAGCA